AGGCCAUGGCAGACGUUUUGGACCGAAGCCGCCCGGCUUCGCUGCGGCAGGUGGAGAACCGCGUGGCAGCGCUCGGCACGAGCUCGGCCAUCAUGAGCCCCGUGGCCCGGCGCAAGGGGUCACUGCUCGUCACGUCCACCUCCCGCAAGACGGCGCGGCGCGAGCGCCGUGACGGUGUGAGGCCGGCGGCUGCGGUGAAGGUGCGGGGGCCGCGUGGACCUCUCCGUGAGAACGUGGGGGGCGCCACCCCCAACGCGGCGCGGCUCAUGGAGCAACCGUCACCCGCAAGCGCUGGACGUGGCUCUUCCUCCUCCGUGCCGCCCCCCUCUGCCGGAGUCGCCCCUCCCCCCGCUCCACCUCCUGCUCCACCUCCUGCUCCACCUGCUCCACCUGCUCCACCGGGUGAUGACGAGGAGGUGGACGUGUUGGCGGCGCCACGGUGGAGCCCGCCGCACCGCGCCCGCCCGGGAUCCGCGUUCGCCGGCAGCGGCAACGCCGACUCCCAGCGGCCGCGGGGAGCACUCUCCCUCACCGGCCCCGUCGCCCCUACCCCCGACGUGGAGGGGAUCGGGGGGGAGGCGUGGGGGGCGAGGGAGGAGGAGUGGGGGGCGAGGGAGGAGGAGUGGGGGGUCCGUGGAGCUCUGUCCGUAGACCCCGGGCGGCUCUUCCACUCCGCGCCGCUGCAAAGGAUUGUGGGAGGCUGGGACAGGGCGGCUGUGUCUUCCACGGCGUUUGAGGCGGCCCCUGACCCCGGCCUCUCCCUGUCGACUAUAGAGAGCCAAGGCACCAGCGAGGCGUCUCUGCGCGCGCCGGCGGCGGCCCCGUCCCGGCGUCCCCGUGUCCCCCGCGACGACGAGAAGCUGCGGCGCCUGCGGGAGGUCGUCAGCCGGCAGCGCGCCGAGCGGGGCGGCACCGGCACCGGCGAGCCCGGCCACGGCGAGGAGCGAGCCGCCCUCCCCGUCUUCUCUGAACCCCCCCGGCUCCUCGCCGCCAAAGUUCGCAAAGUGGCCAGCGCUCCGCCGGCGCCCGUCUACCGAGGGUUUAGCCAGGCGGAGUGCAGUGUGCGUGCGCCGGACGGGAGCGUCUACCGGGAGCACGAGUUCCGGGCGCUGGCGCGGGAUCCCGCACAGCGGCACCGCUUCUCGCUGCUACUCCCCUCCGGGAGCGAGGGGAAGGCGCCGGCGAGGAGCCCGGAGCGUGCCGUGGUGGCGGCCCCCCCCGCACGGUGGAAGCCGGUGAGGAAGGUGCAGGCGGCACGGGGAGGAUUCGGCGCUGGCGCGUCCGGCGACGCUCCUCCGCCCGCGGCUCCCGGUAAAGGGUCGCGCAUCAUCACCACGUCGUCGUGGCGCGACGGAGCGAGGCUGGUGCGGGCCCUGCUGGGACCCGCGACCCACGACCCCAGCCGCGCGGAGAAGGAGCCCCCCACGGACGGGCGUCCCGGCCGGACGUCCCAGCUACACGGGGGACGGCCCUCGCCGCUGCGGGGAGCCGGAGGGGCCCGGAGAUCGGCCAGUCGCGACGGGGAGCGGGAACGUGGCGACGCGGGGGAGGGAGACGUCGCAGAGGAGCCGCUCACAGUCAGCGACCUGCGAGUCGACGAGGAAGCCAGCGUGCCCCCGUCCUCGCGCCCGGCGCCCCCUCGAUCGGUGCCCGAGGUCAGGGGUCGGGCGCGGGCCGACGACGGAGAGGAGGAGGCCGCAGUGCAGCACGGGACCUCCCCGAAGAGGAAGGCCGAGGGAGGCGAGGGCCACGGGGAAGGGGGCAGCGGCGAGCGUCGUCCGCCCGGCAAGAGGGGCCGUCCCGGCGUCUCGGCGUCAUCGCGCUCUAGGAGCAGAGACGCCCACGUACCGGGACCUUGGGGUUUGGCGCCGCCGGCAUCGGCGGCACCGGCGGCACCGGCGCCCGCAGCGACGCGGACGUCGCUGCGGCCGACGUCACGGCAGCAGCAGCAACAGCGCCAGCAGCAGCAGCAGCAGAGCGCGGCGCCGGCGCAGCGGGAGAAGCGGCGUCACUAUGACGCGGAGGAGGUGCGGUGCUACAUGGCGCGGCGCGGCGCCGAGCAGCGGCGGGCGGCGGCGCGCGACCGAGCCGCCCGCCGCGCCGCCUCUGAGCUGAGGAGCCGGCGCCUGCGGGAGCUCUACGUGGCCCAGCGCCAGGCGGCGGUCGCCAGCACCACCGCCACCACCACCGCCGCCGCCACCACCACCGCCGCCAGUAGCGGUGGUGGUGGUGGCGGCAACAAGAAGAGCGACGGCAAUGGCGGUCGGAGGGCACCUGGUGGCAAGGACAAAGUGGACCUGGCGAGCACCUUCACGGCGGCGCCCCUCGACCACGCGGCACGCGACGACUUCCUGAGGCGGCUGCUGCCCGAGAUCUCGGAGGAGAGGCCGAGAAGGAAGCAGCAGGAAGGGGAUUCGCGUCCUCCCGUGACCUCCAGCAGCCCGGAGGACGACGAUGAGGAGGAUGAUGAGGAGGAUGAUGAGGAGGAUGAUGAGGAGGAUGAUGAGGAGGAGGAUGAGGAACAGGGGGAGGGAGACUCUGCUGGCGACGCCACGAGCCCGCUGGCCGGGUCCGGCGGAGACCGGCUGGCGCUGGCGGGGACGCCGGGGAAGGAGUCUGGAGCCCCGGGCACCGGCGCGGCGACGGCGGCGGAAACGGCGGCGGCGGCGUCCCCGGCGAUCAUCGGCGGGCAGCUGGCGCGGAUCGCCGCCAUUCGCGCCGCCGCCGCGUCGCUGUCGCUGCGCGUGGAGGAGGAGACGCGCCGCCUCGCCGGAGUCGGCCUCCUGUCGCCCGCCGCCGCGGCCGCCCUGGCCCGCUCCGUCCCCGCCGAGCCGGAGGGCCGCGGCCGCGGCCUGGGCCUGGAGGACCUGCGCACGGACUUCACGGACGGCGCACGGGGGGGGGGGCCCGCGUCGCCCGCGUCGCCCGGCGACCGUUUCGGCGCCCGCGUGCGGGAGAUGCUGGGGGCCGGCGGCGAGCGCCGCCGAGAGGGCGAGGCGGCGCCGGCGUUUUGGACGGGCGGCUUCCCGCCGGAUGGGCACGCGGUGUUCGUGGGGGACCUGCCGGGGUCCGCGGUUGGCCCCGCCGGGACCUCGGCCGCCGCGCCGCCGUCGAGCUACGAGGAACGCGUGGCGGCCAUCGUGCGCCGCCUCGCCGACCGCUCGCUGGGGCCCGCCCCGCUACGGCACGCGGCCUCCUGGUCCGCCGCAUCGCAGCGGCCCGGCCCGUCGCACCCCGCCGACGGCGGUGACAGCGGCGGCGGCGACGGCGGCGGAGCGCGCGACCACGGCGGGGAGCGGUCGUCGAUUCUGAGCGACAGCCCGGGCUCGCUGAGCGAGGGGCCCCUGCUGAGCGAGGGGGAGCUGUCCGACGACGACGACGACGAGCGGCCGCAGCGGCCGACGACCCGGCCCAGGUCGUCGUCCCCGCCGAACCGGCGGGAGCGGCUCGACGGAUCCGGAGCCGCCCCACGGCCGCCCCGGCCGCCCCCGUCGCUGGCGUCGCGGCUCGCCGAGGUCGACUUCUGCGCGAUGCCCCGGGCGGAGGCGGCGGCGCCGGCCUGGGAGGAGCUGGCGAGGGGCAGUCCCAACAGCGCCAUCGCCAUCUACGUGCGGCGGCACGGGGCGCCGGCAGGCCUGGGCCCGUCGGCCGGCAUGGCGCCGGUCGUGGAGACCGGACGCGGCGGUGGCCGCGACGACGUGGAUAUCGCAGACGUGGAGAAGGCGGAGGAGCAGGAGGAGGAGCAGGAGGAGGAGAGCCGCGGAGCGGAGUCGCCCGGGCAGCGCUCCGUGGACGCGUACGACGAGGACAGCUUCGCCUCCUCCUCCGGCACGGCGUGCACGAGCUUCGGGGCGGCACCAGCGGUGACGGCGCCGCCGUCGGCCCCUCGGUCUCCGGACGGUGCCGAUCGGCAAGGAAUCGGCAGCGGCACAGGGGAGCGGACGUUGCCCCCCGCGGAGGGACCCCCCCCGCCGGCGAACUCCGCCGGCGAGAAGGACGACGACGCGGGCGGCCUGGCGUCGCCCCCCGAGCCUGCGCUCCCCUCGCCAGUCCGGGGCCCGGCAGGGCGGGACUCUCCUCGCGCGUGGACGGACGGGGUCGGAGGUCGCCGACGGAAGACUUCAACGAUUUCGCCCGACCUGGAGGAGGAAGGGGCGGAGGAGGUUGUGAGCGGCAUGCGGGACGGGCUUCCGGUCCUCUCCGCCCCCUCCCCACCGCGCGAGGAAAGGGGGCGGCUCGGGUGGGAGGGCGGCGGUGGGCAGCAGCAGCAGGAGCCGUGGGGCCCGGCACGGAGCUCCCCCUGGGGGCUGUCGCAGCGGCUGGCGGCCGAGCUGCAGCUGCUGCAGGCGGUGGAGGAGUCGGCGCAUCAGCUGGGGGCGGUGGAGCGCGCCCGCGGGGUCGCGCUGGCGCAGCAGGAGACCGUGUCCCUGGCGCAGGUCCUCAAGGUACGGCAGCAGCAGCACGAGCAGGAGCUGGCGCUCCUGAGGCUGCGGGCCGAGCGCGAGGCGAUGGAGGCGCAGAGGCAGCUAGAGGAGACACGGGCCCAGCACGUGCUGCAGGUGGCGGAGUUGGCGAGGUCCUUUCCCCCGAGGGCCGCGCCGCCAACAGCGACACGCGGCUCCCCGGACGGCCCCAGGAGGGGGCAGCAGCGUGGGGGGGCCGACGAUGCCUCGAGCUCCGCCGACACGGCCGCCCCCCGCGGCCGCUCCCCCGCCUCCGAGCGAUCGCGAUCCCGGCGCGCCGACCAAUCGGAGAGCUCCGUGGAGGAGGACGCGACGACGGCGGCCAACGAGGAGGAGGAGGAGGGGGGGUCGGAGCAGCGCGAGCGUGGCCGAGGAUCUCCCCGACGGCAAGAGCUCGGAGAAGUCACCGGCGGCGUCUUCCAGAGCGCGUUCGGAGAGCAGCGCCGCCUCCGGCCUGCCCAGCGAGUCGUGGACUGACGACGAGGUGGAGGAGGAGGUGGAAGAGGAGGUGGAGGAGGAGGUGGAGGAGGUGGCACAGCUGGGGCGGCACGGCACGAGGGGCACGUCCCGCGCGGCGGG